ACAGGUGCCAAACGAAAAUAGAAUUAAACGAACCUCAAAGGUGUUUGCACUUUCAAAAGCCUCAAAAUCAUGAGCCCGCUAUUCUCCAAUGAAUUGUUUAUCAAAUGAAAGCCGAAAGGGAUCAUGAAUCUUCUCAGGAACUUGCAGAAUAUAAAUACUCUGAUAAUCCUCGUCGCCAUGGCAUUGUCUGUGGUAUUUAUGAUUCAAGUUAAAGAUAUUUACAUGAAAAAUCAAAAAUACCACAGGUAUUUGGGCUACAAGCAGUACAUAACCGAAAUAUCAGUGGGCCUCAAUGAAGCUGAGAAAACGAUAAACAAGUCAUCCACUUAUGUUCAUCAGCUGAGUGAAGCUGUUAUGCAGCACGAUAAAGAGAACAGACUCAGGUCGACCUCUCCAAGAGUGACAUUUCCACUUUAGUGAGAGUUAUAGUAUUAAUAGAAUAGGCUUGUGCAAUGUCGGAUGAGAAGAUAGUAUGUCUUUUUGAUGUCGAUGGAACUCUCACUAAUCCACGGCAGAAAAUUGAGGCACAUGUGGAGCAAUUUCUGCUGGAAACAGCGAAAAGGGAGAAGUUUGAUAUUGGGAUAGUGAGUGGUUCUGAUAUCGUGAAAGUUAAGGAACAGCUCGGUGAGGAUGUCAUCUCGAAGUACAAGUAUGUCUUCGCUGAGAAUGGCUUGAUUGCCUACGUCGAUGAGAAACAGCUCCCAAGUGAGUCUAUUCUAACAGUGCUGGGAGAGGAUUCUUAUCAAGAAUUGGUGAACUUCUGCUUGAAGUACAUUUCCGAAUUGCGUCUGCCCUUCAAACGAGGAACUUUUAUUGAACUUCGCACUGGAAUGGUGAAUGUCUCGCCUGUUGGUAGAAAUAGCACAAUAGCUGAGAGAUAUCAGUUUGCAGAGUACGACAAGGAGAAUCACAUUCGCGAGAAGUUCAUUCAGGCAUUGAAGAAGGAAUUUCCUGAUCUUGGAUUGACAUUUGCAAUAGGGGGACAAAUAUCAAUUGACAUAUUUCCACACGGUUGGGACAAGACCUAUUGCCUGCGUCACAUCGACGAUUGCGACAAGAUCCACUUUUUCGGUGACAGAUGUUAUGAAGGAGGAAAUGACUAUCAAAUUUAUCAAAGUGACUUGACUGUGGGCCACCGUGUAACUACACCUUCAGACACAAUUGAACAGAUGAAAAUAUUACUCGAAGUUCGCAAAGAAAUGAGAAACAAGGACGGAUCACUGCAACGUUAAUUGCCAAACUAAAAUCACAAAAUUAGUCAUUCCAAAAAUUUAUCAGACUUUGCACCUCCUCGGUUUAUUUUCAUCAUUACCUGCAGAGCCGAAAAGAAAAGAUAUAAUUGUGAAAUAUUGAGAUGAAUAUUGUAUUGUAUGUUGAUAUAUUACGGAAUAUACACAGAAUUUAACUUGA